AUGGAUGCUUUGAAGCAACGACAUUUGAAGUUGCUGUACAGGCAGCGUGGUAGUGCUUCAAGAACUAUUGAUUACGAUGUGGUAAUUGAACCAGAGUUGAGAGAAGAUGGCGAUUUGGUUACAGAUAGUCAAUUGACGGAACAGGACGACCAGAGUUUUCCUGACAUACAAGUACCGUCUCCGGAUCGUGUUGACGAUUUCGAUCUAAAUCAAGGAGAUGGUUUGAUGGACAAGGCAACGGCAAACGAAGAUGAUAUAGAUCACGUGAUUGGUGAUGAGGUUGCUGCCGUAAACGCACCGGUGGAAACAUCUGAUCUUGUUAUAGAUACGACUCAGUUUGAUUCAAUGACUCUAUCACAACUAUCCACGCCACUUACGUCGAUGGCUACCAUCGAUGUUCUGCGAAGAUUGCUUGAAACUGUGAUACUAGUAACAAUAGAAGAACGAACUUCGCAAUUUAACAGAGCUGGCUCUGCUAGAUUAAGAUUAAAACUAAAGCUGGAAAUCAAGAUAUUGACAUGGUUCCUACAUCAAUCCAAGGAAGACCUUAUUACCAUCUCAGAAUUAAAUUUGUCCAAUAACGAUCUUUUGUACAGAUUAAAACAGAUUUCCCUCUUAAAAAAUUCCUUAUCACGAUCACUAUUGGACGUGCGAAGCGCAAUCAGCUCAUAUGAGGGGCCGAACAAUGCAUUAUCUGAGGAACAAGUAGCAUUGCAGAACUUCAAACGGAUCAAUGAACUGAUUCUAUCUCAAAGGAUCGAUACCAUCAUCAACAAUAAUUUACCUCCCGAUACUUCCACCUUUGAUACCGAAUCGAAAAAGGGCCUCCUACCCACGUUAAAGACAUUGAAUGAGUCUUUACAAAAUACCAUUGGUUGA